GGGGAGCUGUUGAGUCCAUGUCGCUGUGAUGGCUCAGUGCGCUGCACACAUCAGCCUUGCCUCAUCCGCUGGAUAAGUGAGAGGGGCUCCUGGAGCUGUGAGCUCUGCUACUUCAAGUACCAGGUCCUGGCCAUCAGCACCAAGAACCCUCUGCAGUGGCAGGCCAUCUCUCUGACGGUGAUCGAGAAGGUGCAGAUAGCCGCUAUCAUCCUGGGCUCCCUGUUUCUCAUUGCCAGCAUCUCCUGGCUCAUCUGGUCCUCCCUCAGUCCCUCGGCCAAGUGGCAACGUCAGGACCUGCUCUUCCAAAUCUGCUACGGCAUGUACGGCUUCAUGGACAUCGUCUGCAUAGGCCUCAUCAUCCACGAGGGCUCGUCGGUGUACCGGAUCUUCAAGCGAUGGCAGGCCGUCAACCAGCAGUGGAAAGUUCUGAACUACGAGAAGUCUAAAGACCUGGGCGACCCAGUGAGCUCCAGUGGUAAAAGCGGCGCCCGUAGCUCUCGCAGCAACCCCCACGGCCUGGCCAGCAGCGGCCGAGGGCGACACAGCAGGAGGCUAAGAACUAUUCUGAACCACCACUGCGGCUACACCAUCCUGCACAUCCUGAGCCAGCUGAGGCCCAACGACCCGCGCAUCAGCGCCGCCGCCAAUCGAGAAGUGGUGAUGAGGGUCACCACUGUAUGAGAUGGCUGUGCGGAGCGGGAAAAUCCUCCUCUUUGUGUCAGAUGUGAGCCCGUGGAGGAACCUGUGGACCUAAUAUUUGAAAAAAAAAACUGGAGUGAGGACUCGUGAGGGCGACAGGAUCCCCGCGUGGAUCCGACCGACGCCCCGAGCAUCAACACGAUGAACACGAGCGAGGACUUCUCCUCUUGUUUCCUACAGCAGGAAACCAGAUGCUCCUUUUCAAUAAAUGAAAAACUGUUGAGAAUAAGGACGGACACACAUUCAAAGACUGAAACAGGAGGCGGGGGAGGGGGAGUUGUAAACAGGCUUUAUAACCCAAUCCAGUGCGACAUGAUAUUUUUUUCCAAUUCAAUAUCUGGAUGCACAUAAAAGCAUUUUGUUUCUGUUUGUAUUCCUCCUAGUUUGAUUUGUAUCGCUGGUUUUUUUCUACUCAGUUUGGUUUUAUAGGGAUGACUUUAAAGGAAACUGUGUGCGGAAUAACUCCAUACAUGCCAAACCUUUUCAGACUAUUUAUAAGGAUUUUAAAAUUUCUACAUACAAGCCAGCCAAUGCUGGUAAAACGACCGAAAACUGAGACUAAACAGACCUGAGGGGUACGUAGAACUGUUCAAAGAUCAAUAAAUCAUCAAUAAUAACAAUUAAAAAAAAGUUUAAGUCAGUAAUAUUUCUGUUACAUUUAACCUUUCUGCAAUAAACAUACAUAUGUACAUUUCACAUGGAAUUCUGCAUGGGUAUAUAAUUUAUUCUUCAUCACAUAACAUAAGCACAUGACAAAUUUGCUCUAUUUCGAAUGGUGCUUGCCAGAAUAAACACUUAAAAAAACAUCUGUUUUCAUUGUACCAACCUUUGUCAGUAUGACAAAAGGCAGUGUGUUACAGAGUCAGCUCAAAUACAGAUUGUUGCUGCUGUGUGCUGAUUAAGAUUUGAUAAGUUAAACAUUGGAUUAAAACUUGGGAUCAGAUGAUCUCUAAUCUUUCA